AUGGGCGGCGAGUGUGACGAUAUACUGCCGAAGGUCAACGCGAUGGCACCCGAAGUGCAAAAGUUGGUUGAUGCUGCAAUCAACGCCAUCGACCUCAUUCUCAGAGAUCCAACUAUCUUGGAGCGAACCAAUUCAAAUAAUCAAGGGAAAAAUAGAGAACGGAUCCUUCUGCUUGCACGGCAAAUCUUUGGCGCUGAAUUCGGCUCGAGUUUUAAGAAGAGUCCGUUGAAGUAUUUGAAGCUCGAUAAUGAUUCUAUUGCUGCUAUGACUACCGUGAAAGAAAACUUUAAAGACAUUCAAAAAUAUAUCACAAGCGGAGGCAACUCUAAAUGGCGAUUCGCCUGCGGCGAUUCGUGGACCAAAAAGGUCAACACGCUGCAAACAAACUACAUCCCUUAUACCAAAGAUACGCCCAUUAAAGAAGUCGCUGGCCUUAAUGGUGGUUACGGAAGGCGGGCAUUCGCCGACUACACCUGGUACGACCAGGGAGGGCCGAAGAUGAACCCCGCACCACCUGAGAACCCCGACGAAAGUGAAGCAGAUAAAGAAAAACGCUGGAAAAUCCAAUCGACGUGGUAUUAUGUCGCAAGUAAAGGAUGGAGUGAGGACGGACCGUGCAAGGGUGUUAAACAUACAAAUGAAGCGCCAGAAGCAGAAACCAUGGACUCAAAACGAAUCAUCUACUUUUGCUCAGAGGUUUGGGACAAAGUCACCAGAAAUGUGUGGAAGGCAGACCUGACCCAACUAACGGGGAAUAUUCCGACCGAUGGGACCGCUCAUCUGGACAAUUACCAGAGUCCUGGGGCAACUUUGCUCCACGAGAUGACUCAUCAACUCUCUAGAACAAACGAUGACCUUGGCUAUAAUUUCCAGAAUGUUCAAAAGGGACGAACCCAGCGUCAGCAAGCAAUUCUAAACGCUGAUAACUACAAUUACUUUGCGGCGGCCGCAUAUCUAUCUAACUAUGAAUGGCACUCUGGCGUUGCGAGAUCACUCGGAACCCAAGAGACACAAAUUCAUACUACCUCUCGUUAG